AUGACUCGUCUUUAUAAGCUUGGUGCAACUGUUAUCCUCUGUGAAAAUGGGGAAGAAGCUUUGCAACUAGUUUGCAAAGGUCUAAGUGAUCAACGGAAACGCAGAGCUGCUCAUAUUCUACCUUAUGAUUAUAUCUUGAUGGAUUGCGAGAUGCCCGUGAUGGAUGGCUGUGAAGCAACCAGACACAUACGACAAGAAGAGGAAUAUUAUGGUGUUCACAUACCAAUCAUCGCAUUAAUUGCUCAUUCAACAGGUGAGGAUGCCAGCACGAUGAUUCAGGCUGGAAUGGAUUAUUAUUUAUCGAAACCACUGAAUGGGGAACAGCUAUUGAAAGCCAUCAUACUCAUGCAAAGCAAAUGA